AUGGGCCGCGGUAAUACUCCGCGUUCAGCGGAGGACCAAGCCUUACAUGGCCGCUUCCUAUCUAGCUCCCCGCUCGCCGAGGCCGCAAUUGCUCGAGAUUUAGAGAAUUAUGCAGAUGACGAGGGCUCAAUGAUUACUACUGACGAUGAGGCUUCCGAAACAUCCACUAUUCGCGCGAUAAACAGUCAGCCCGGCACGAACCCCCAUUCUCUAGCUGGAUCAUACCGUCGCCCUAGCUUCUUCACUACGGUCUCCCAUGCGACGGUUGUACCAUAUACUGGAGAAAGAGAGAGGCUGACACGCAGGGAACGCGAACGCGCCAUUGAGGAUGAAAGGGAUCUUCUCAGCGAUAAUAAUGUCAUGGAGGCGAGGGCGAAGCGGCGUGUAACCCCAACUAGUGCACCUUCAGGAGAAACUACAGCGCUCCUAGGGAGCCGAGUAGGUGGCCGCGAAUACAAUGCCACGGACGAUGAAGAGGUUGACAGGAAAUGGGAAGAGGCUGUCGCAGCUGGGUUAAUUCACACAACGUGGAGACGGGAAGCACGGGUGAUCGGUAAAAACGCUGCUCCAUUAAUGGUCACUUUCCUGCUCCAAUAUUCGUUGACAGUAGCCAGCAUUUUCACCCUAGGCCAUCUGGGCAAGAAAGAGCUUGGUGCAGUGAGUUUAGCUAGCAUGAGUGCGAACAUUACAGGAUAUGCAGUAUACCAAGGUUUAGCAACCAGUUUAGACACUCUGUGUUCACAGGCAUAUGGUUCUGGAAGGAAGAAGUUGGUAGGCUUGCAAAUGCAAAAGAUGGUGUUUUUCCUUUGCACCAUUACUGUCCCGAUUGCUGUACUGUGGUUCUUUGCAGACAGAAUUCUCAUGAAGAUUGUCCCGGAGAAGGAUGUCGCCGCACUUGCUGGCUUGUACUUGAAGGUUGUCAUCUUGGGGGCGCCUGGAUACGCUUGCUUUGAGAGCGGGAAGCGUUAUGUGCAGGCUCAAGGACUCUUUUCGGCUUCGCUAUAUGUUUUACUUAUAUGCGCACCUCUAAACGCCUUCAUGAACUGGCUGUUUGUUUGGAAAUUCCAAUGGGGUUUUGUUGGCGCCCCUAUUGCAGUAGCUAUUACAGACAAUCUGAUGCCGCUAUUCUUGUUCCUUUAUGUGUAUUUCAUUGACGGCGCGGAAUCAUCGUCGUACCUCGGCACAACCCCCUUGGCUGCUCAGUCGGUUCUGUCGACCAUCGCCAGUAUCACGUUCCAAAUUCCUUUCCCCCUGUCAAUUUCCGGCAGUACCCGCGUUGCAAACCUGAUCGGAGCAACUCUUGUUGGUCCCGCCAAGAUCUCAGCCAAGGUGACAAUGGGGUAUGCUGUCAUCGUAGGGAUGCUCAACAUGCUGCUGCUCUCCUCCCUGCGUUCAUACAUCCCACGACUAUUUACCCCAGAAGAAGAAGUGAUCGAGCUCGUAGCACAGGUCCUUCCAUUGUGUGCAGCGUUCCAGUUAUUUGACGCCCUCGCAGCUAACUGCAAUGGUAUCCUUCGUGGAAUUGGCAGACAAGAGAUAGGCGGUUACGUCCAGCUCUUUUGCUACUAUGCAGUUGCAAUGCCCAUUAGCUUCGGGACCACAUUUGGAAUGGGUUGGGGCUUACUGGGACUCUGGUCCGGGGUUGCUCUUGCCCUUCUCUUGGUAUCAGUGAUCGAGGUGAUCUUCCUGAUACAAACUGAUUGGAACCGUUCGGUCCAAGAUGCUAUUCAGAGAAACGCAAUGGCAUAG